CAGAGAGCUGUUAAGUCAUAAUCACACUGGAGAAGGAGUGCUCCACUUUACUUACCAGCUGAUUAUACUUUUCAUUACGCUGUACAAAGAGAAACAAAAGAUUUGCAAGCAGCCAUCAUGGCCUCAGGAGGAUCUGACCCAGAGGACGUUACAAGUUUUGACGACAUUGCAACAUUUUCUGCAGAUACUAGAUCAUCCCAAGAAGAAUUGGAAAAUGGAAGUACUAAAUCAGCUGACCUUGGAACUUCUGUGACCGCUACACAAAGCAAGAAGCCUACAGAGAUUGACAUUUUUUUGUGUGAAAUGUAUCAGUUUCUCAUGAAACAACUAUCAAGGUCAAUCUUUGCAAGUCUACUCAAUGAUUAUGUAGAAUCUGAGUUCUUUGUCAUUGAUGGAGAUUCUUUGCUAAUAGCCAACGUGACCAAUUCUUCUCUAAAGCUUGGACAAGAUUUACAUUUCUUUUUCUUGGUGGAACGUUUUCUGCUUAAUUUAACAAAAAAGGGAGCAAGAUAUGUUAUUGUUUUCUUCAAGGAUAUGGAACAAAUGUAUUUCCAAUGGCCUCAUUUGAUGUCCUUGCGUACACAGCUUCUGCUGCACCUACAGCAAAAUACAAAUACAGUUGUACACACAUUUUCCAGCUUUCUUUCUGAGGAAUGGAACAACUUUCUCAAGGAACAGCCACCUUACUUUUUAAUGGUCUCUGAUACUGGAACAAGCUUUCCACAGAAACUUUUACUAUGUAUGCUAAUGCUAAGUACUCUUGGAAGCCAAAUCGAUGUUGUGCUUAUUGCUGGACAAGAGUCUGACCACCUCAGAGUGUUUGGAUUUCAUGCCAAAUCAUCAAUUACGCACAACAGAUUCAUACAAAAGAAUGCCAAAUACUUUAAGGCAGCUCUUAAAACAUUAACCAUCUCACAAAAGCACAAGCUGUCAAAAUUCAAAUAUGCUUUUCAAGAAUUCCAAAAAGAGGAAUACAAAAAUCAGAUAUCAAAAUGUAUUUCACUGCUCGCUACAUGUCUGAAUGACCGACCAGAUGUAAGAGCCAUCUCCUGUGUUGUUUCAUGCUCCAUGGCACUGAGAAUACAUGCAGAAAUGGAGAACUCUGAUAAUGUACAGGAUGACAACACGUACCUGACAUUGGAGGAAAUGGCUGACCUGUGUAAGAUGCUCUGUCUGUGUGUGACAUUAAUGAUAAUUUUACCACUUUCACAGAGAGCAAAGUUAAGGAGCAUAAAUGCUAAAUGGAACAAAAGUGCUAUCUCAUUCCUCCACAUGAUCCACACAGCUGAACAUAUUGUAUUAGGUCAGAUGAGAGACGAUGUAAAAAUGACACAGAUAAACUGGACCUAUGUCUCGGAUCUAUCAGAUAAUUUACUGCUGAAAAACAUUGCAUAUUACUCUGAGAAAGAAGACUGUGCAGAUUUCAAACUGGAAUUUGGUAGUGAAAUAGAUAAAAUAUAUAAAUGUCUGUGGGAGACAACAUUGGCAUUGGUUCCACAAGCAGAACAUUUACAGUCGUAUAAACUCCGAACAACAAGAACACGUUUUCUUUUGAAGAAGUCAUCUGUACAUGUGGAACAGGAGAAAAUACUCCAGAUUGGGCUGAUUCCAAUUCAGUGUGAUGUCAUUGAAGAUUAUGCUGGAGAUACUAUAAAGGACUUACCAGUGUUAAGCAGUGAUUACCCUGGUAUUAAUCCUCGGGCAAGAACAAAAUCAUACGAUGAUCUUAGGCACUGGCACACAGGACGGGCACUCACUGAUGACUAUGACAGGACAAAGCAUGAACACAACCAUGAAGUCAAAGACAAGUUUCAGCUGAAACAGUAUCAAAAACUCCAAAGGUCUCAGUAUAUCUAUGGACAAUCUUUAGGCAUCAAAGCAUCUAAAAAGAUUGUAUUGCAAACUGAACAAGAACAAGAGAAACAUGUUUAUAAGGCUUCUGGAAAGAAGAAAGAACCCCAGAUGAAAAAAAAGGACCAAAUUAUAGAAGAAAAUCUUAAAAAGAAUAAAGACAAAGAAGAAAACAAGGAGCUUCAACAAUGGAAAACCCUGUCUUCAUCUAUGGAAAGAGAGAUAAGGGGAAAUUUCUUUUCUGGGAUUAAAAAUUAUGAAACAUUUAUUAAUUCACUGCAGACUACUAAUGUGAAAUAUCAGGCACAACUGAGAAUAUUAACCAUCUGCUUUGAAAUUUGGCUUGAAGAGUGCAAAGCUAAAUCUAAAAAUCAAAGAGACAUAAAUAUUGUUGUGGAAAUAAUAAAGAUCAUUCAGGCAAUCAUGAUACAAGAUACUUUAAAAAAGGAAGAUCAACACCGGAUAGCUACUUAUCUUGCAAAACUGGGAUUCCAGAACUUGGCCUGUUCAUUGACGUCACCUGAGUUACUCAGCACAAAGGAUGGAAAGAAAGAGAGCAGAUAUGCAGUGGAAGUUGGUUCCGUUCGUUUCCAGAUGCAGUAUAUGGGGCCACACUUACUGAGAGAUGAGAGAAGUGACCCUGACCCAAGGGUGCAGCACUUCAUACCAGACACAUGGCAGAGAGAGCUUCUUGAUGUGGUUGACAAUAAUGAAUCUGCAGUGAUAGUUGCUCCAACAUCUUCAGGGAAAACAUAUGCAUCUUACUACUGCAUGGAGAAAGUUCUGGCACAGAGCAAUGAAGCAGUUGUGGUAUAUGUCGCUCCGACUAAGGCUCUUGUAAAUCAAGUGGUGGCCACUGUAACUAAUCAGUUCAAUAAAGAUCUACCAAAUGGAAUGGCAUUAUGUGGGGUUUUUACUCGAGAUUAUCGCACUGAUGCAUUAAACAGCCAGGUGUUGGUCACUGUACCACAAUGUUUGGAAAUUAUUUUGUUAAGUCCACAUCGACAAGACUGGGUGAAAAGAAUCAAGUAUAUAAUAUUUGAUGAGGUCCAUUGCUUGGGAGGAGAAAUUGGAGCAGAAGUUUGGGAACACAUUCUAGCCAUGAUUCGCUGUCCAUUUCUGGCUUUGUCUGCAACAAUUAGCAACCCAAAACACUUAACUGAGUGGCUAAAAUCGGUAAAAGGGUACUGGCAGCAAAAUGAUGAACAAGAAACCAGCCAUGUGUCAAAACCACCUCAGAAGGGAGGAAAGAAAAAAACAAAAAAGCCAGAAAAGAAGUGUUACAACGUUCGACUAGUGAUACAUCAUAAGAGAUACAAUGACCUGGAAACACAUAUUUGUUCUGUGCAAGAUUCCAACGUCAACUUUGAACAUUUCCAUCCAUGUGCUGCCUUAACGGUACAUCAUAUGAAGAACUAUGGCAUACCAGAAGAUCUUUCAUUAUCUCCGAGGGAAAACCUACAGCUGUAUGACAGCAUGGUGUCAGCAUGGCCAAAAUGGCCAAAUGUAAAGGCAUUUGAUCCUGAGGAGAAUGUAUAUUUAAAGGACAAAAUAAUAAUAAGAAAGAAUGACACAUUUAAAUAUGAAGAUGCAUUGAAGAAAGAAUUUCUUGACUGGGCACAUAAGGGACAUGAUAAAAAGGUUGCAAAAGUGCUGGAAAGUCUGAAACCAUCUAAACCAUCUGAGGAGAAAAACUGUUACAAAUACUUUCCUUUAAUUGUUGAAAAACUAGAAAAAUUAAACAAGUUACCUGCACUGUGUUUUGCAUUUAAUGUAAAUUCAGUGGAAGGCUUGGCCAUGGAGUUGGGAAGACAUUUGGAUGAAAAGUGGAGAAAGAAAGCAACUGAGAACACAUCUGAAAAUAAUGAGAAAGAGAUCCAGAAGCUUCAAGAAAAGGCAGACAAACUAAAAAAAAGUCUUAUGGCAAGUUCCUCUCAAUCCAUGACAAGUCUCUCGAGAAAAUCAAGCAAAAAUGAGUCACUACUGAUCCAGAAAGCCAAUUAUGACAGCUUAAAGCAAAAACUGAAGAAGCUAUAUGAAUUACCACCGGACUGUACAUAUGCUGAUAACAAAGCUGUGGAUGAAAAGAUAUUGAGCCAAGCUUGUCGGACUAUAACAUUUUCAAGAAAUGGAGAUGAUCUCACAUCUCUAUCAGAGAAAGGCAUCGGCUACCAUCAUGGAGCAGUGGAUGCUAAAGGAAGGAAGUUUGUUGAGAUGCUGUAUAGGAUGGGCUACCUAAGAGUUGUGACAGCCACCAGUACACUUGCUCUAGGGAUCAACAUGCCAUGUAAAUCAGUGGUUUUCAUACAGGAUUCAGUUUACUUGGAUGCUCUGAACUACAGACAGAUGUCAGGACGUGCUGGAAGACGGGGCCAAGACCUAUUGGGAAGUAUAUAUUUUUUCAAUAUUCCAAUGCCAAAAGUGAAAAGGCUCAUGAAGUCCAAUGUUCCUCAGCUAAGAGGCCAAUUUCCUCUAAGCAUUUCGUUUAUUCUAAGAUUAAUGCUACUGGCUGCAAAAGCGGAUGACAAAGAGGAUGCCAAGGCCAAGGUUUUAUCAGCUUUGAAGCACUCGCUUAUGUCAUUCAAACAGCCACGUGACGCACAGAUGGUAAAGCUGUACUGUGUAUUUUCACUGCAAUUCCUUCUGCAUGAGGGUUACUUGGAUAAAGACUGCAAUCCCACUGCAUUUACUGGAUUUGUUACCCAUUUACAUUACCAUGAACCAUCAAAUUUGGUGUUUGUCAGCUUUCUAGAAAAAGGCUUAUUUCACCAGCUGUGUAAACCAAGCUCUAAAGAUCCAAGAAAAUUUCCUAAAUCUGUUAUGGAAGAACUAGUGCUGGUAUUAGCAAAUCUUUUUGGGACACGCUAUUUACCUCCUAACAGUUAUACUCCUGGGGACACAUUUUUCCAAUCAAAGGUCUUCCUUGAAAAACUUCCUGAUGAUUUUGCUGCAGCUGUUGAAGAAUAUAAUAGGACAGUUCAAAUUAUAUUUGGAAAUUUUAUCCUUACAGCCUCCAAGUUGGCAGAUAUGGAAAAGGAAUAUACUCUUCCACUUUCAAAUAUCAACUUCUCAGGUAAAGAGUGCAUGGAUUCGUGGCUGGUGGAUCAUCUGAUGUCUUGCACUGAAGGAAGAAGUGCUAUCUCCCCUUUUGCCUGUCUGUCAGGAAAUACAGAUCAUGACUUGAUGACUGUAACAAAUGUGAGCAAUCUCAUGCUGCAAACAGCUCAUAUUCCUGACAAACAUAUUCCAAUGUUACACCUGGAGAAAACGGAUGCUUGUGGAAGAAAAAUGACCCUGAACUCCUAUGCCCUGGAUUUCUUCAAACAUGGCUCCUUAAUAGCUCUUGAAGAUGAUAAUGGAUUUAAUAAAGGGGAAGCCUAUGUAAGUUUGAAAGAUUUCAAUCUUACCAUUGCAGCAAUAAGUAUUUCCAUGAAAGAAUUGUGCGAUGAUGAAAAUGAUCCAGUGUCUCUGGCUUUUGAACAAUUGAGAACAGAAUACCAGGAGCGCUUUGGCAAAGUGUAGCAACAGUAACUCCAGAGAGCACAUACAGUACUGUUUUUUAAACACACAGUUUGUAAAACAUACCAACAAUUACUCCUGGAUAUGGAAAAAUAAUAAUUUUCAAAAUCAUAAACAAUGAUUUUCAGACAGUAUAAAGUCCAGAUUUUCAUUAGUGUUCCAGCUUAACAGAUUUUUUUUAAAGCACCCACCACUGGAUUUUAAAUAAAAUAAUAUGCACAAAAAAGUAUAACAUUUCAAAAAUAAUUUCAAGAAAUAUAUUUUAUAAUGUCUACAUUGAUACUGCCAAAUACUGUUGUGUUAUGAUAAUAUACCUUGAAAAUGCUUUCAUUUUUAGGAUCAAAUUAUGUUACAUAAAUUUUUAGGUUACAAAUCUACAAUUGAAUUGUGAAUUGGUAUCUACAGUAUGUUGUCACAUAGUAGAACAUUUAUCAAUUGAUAACUACAAUUUUGAAUAGCAAUAACUUGAUUUAGUAAAGAAAAUCAGAGCUGCUUGGAAAUGACAGUGUUGGUUGUAAGGUAAAUUAUACUUUGUUGACUGUAGCUAUUUUUUAGAUAUUGAUUCAUUUAAGAAAACCUAAUACACUGUACAGCAUACAAUGGUGUAAACAGUAUGAUCUCUUAGCUACUCAAGGGAUACAUAUAGUACAACAACAUCAGAAUCCAUAACAACAUUCGAUUGGCCGUAGAGACAAUACUUCAAUAUGGAGGCAUAAAGGGCAUAGAAAACAGAAUAUGAAAAUUAUAUAAACAGAAAGAGCAAAAAGUAGAGGAUAAAUAGGGCUUCAUAAAAGAGAUAGGUACUUCAAACACAACAUUGGAUCGUUUGCCAUAAUUCUUUAAAAUGACAUUUAUAUAUAUUUAUAACAUGGUGUGUUAAAAUUAUAGAAAUCCCACUAAUAUGAUUGGAUACACUAAAUCACAUGACCGUGCAUUAUUUCCCAACAACUGAACAACUCCCAGAAUGACAACAUGCCUCAACUACUUCCUAUUGUGACCAAAACUUUGUCAGAGCCACAGCUGUAUCACUCCAUAAGUGUGUUUACACUACUCAACGAAAAGCAACAUAUCAGACAGCAAGCCUGUCUCUAACAGAAAUACAUAUCUGAUAGAAUACUUUUUAAAAGAUGGCAGUAUUACGACAUAUCUCAAAGGACCUGAAAUCAAACCUUACCAAAGAUGACUGGUAUAAUGAUGAUCUCUUCAAUGAACUUGAACAGAACUUACCUGAGCACUUCCUGCCAGUACAAUGCACUGUUAAACAUGUUUUCUUCACAAAAUGAACCACUCUUUAUGUAACAGUAUUCAUUAAUGUUCCACUGUUUAAUAACCUAUUCUGAAUGUUUAACGGAUUUAUUCAUUUAUACUAUUAGCCAGUUACAUUUUUAUUAAUGACAAAUAAUUGAACUAUUCGUCCUCCUAUUCUGCAUCUGUUCCUCCCAGCAUCAUCUCCAGGGGCCAUUUUAUAAGAUAGUUAUACCCACUCUUGGGUGUGUGGUCGCGCUGUUAUAUGCACAGAGGUGUAGCGUGGAGCCAUGCUAGUCACUUCAUGGAUCGCUCACGUGAUCGGCUGCUCUGAAAGUCCCGAUGCGAAAGGUCACGGUUACCAAUUGCGUCCCUGUAUGAAUAUAGCUGGAGGGGAAAUAGAAGACGCCAGCCAGCGCCAAUCACGUGAGCGAUCCAGGAAGUGACUGCAAAAAUAGCAGCAUGUGGGAUGCGAUCAUGUGAUCGGACGCCGGAGAGUCACGUGACCGGACAUACUGAACUAAAACAGUAUAUGUCUGGAGAAAUGGAACCAAUGUACGGGGAAAUCAGCACGAUUAACACAGGACACAAGUUACUUCCUGGCCCCGGAAUGAACUAUUUUUAAAUAAUUUAUUGUUUUAAUAUACUUGAUGAUAGCGACCAGACAACGACAUUCUUGGAGCUGACUCUUCCCCGGGGACAUUGAACAACUUUACAGCUUUUUAUGAGCACUUCUUUUGUCCGCAUUCUGGUAGGAAGCCACCCUCAUAAAACUUGGAUUGUAAUAUAAUUGAAUGUGGAAUAUUCAUUCAUGGAAAAAAUUGAGCUUUUUUAACCUUUGUUAUUAAAUAUAUCUUUUUAAUAUAUAUUGGAUUUCAUUCUGAU